AUGAAUGUUACUGUAGACCAAGUGUACACAUCAGUUGCAUGUAAUCGUAUUCCAGAAGUAGCGGACUGGAAUAAUGAAGGCCUUAUCUGUUUUGGAGCCACAAAUGCUGUUGUUGUUUAUGAUACGAAGCAGAAAGAUAAAAAUCCCCUCUCUGUCCUCUGUCACCACAAAUCUAAAGUGAACUCGGUGAAAUGGCUACAAAAGUCUGAUGGUACUUGUACCGAGUUUGUCUCCUGUUCAGCAGAUAAGACUGUCGCUAUUUGGACACUGCUUGAUGGAACUUGGAAGGUGACUAGUUCUCUGAAGGGACAUAACGAUGGUGUGACAUGUAUUCAUGGUAUUUACACAAAUGAAUGUGAUCUAGUAAUUUAUAGUGGGUCAAUUGACUCUACUGUUAAAGUAUGGGAAAGGUGUAAUGGUGUAUCUUCACUAAAACAAACUAUAAAUUUAAAUUCUGGUCUUUGCUUGACUUUAUGCGCACAUUUGCUUCCGAAAGUCAUCAAACCCAUUUUGUUUUGUGCUCUUGAUGAUCACAAGAUACAUUUGUUUGCUGGAGAGGAUUAUCAUAGAGUGCAUACGCUAGUUGGUCAUGAAGAUUGGGUCCGAGGCCUUGAUGUUCUUAAUGUUGAUGAAAGUUCGAUACUGCUAGCAUCCGCAUCUCAAGAUACGUAUAUCCGCCUGUGGAGGAUCAAUUUGUAUGAAGACAUUGAAUUAAGUAGUGAAAUUCGAAUUGAAGGGAAACUCUUCACUGCAUAUGACAGAAAGUGGUCCGUAAAACUGGACGCUGUUUUGGCUGGACAUGAGGGUUGGGUUUACGCAGUUCAGUGGCAUCCGGUGCGUUAUGAUGAAGAAUGCAAGGUUAAGGCGCCGGUGUUUCGGUUGCUGUCGUCAUCGUUGGACAAGACACUUAUUAUAUGGGAGCCGGAGUGCGCUGAGCUCGGCAAGGGCGCGUGGGUGGAGAGGGUGCGCGUGGGCGAAGUGGGCGGCAACGGGCUCGGCUUCUACGGCAGCCGGUUCGGACCCGGCGGCAAGUCGUUCCUCGGCCACGGUUACAACGGAUCCUUUCAUAUGUGGGCGUUGAACGUGGAAACGAAGCAGUGGCAGCCGCAGGUGGUUUGCGGGGGCCAUUUCGGCAGCGUGGAGGACACGCGGUGGGAGCCCGGCCGGGGCCGGUAUCUGCUCAGCGUGUCCACGGACCAGACCACCAGGCUACACGCCCCGUGGAACACCAGCAGAGGGCGUCGGUGGCACGAGAUCGCCCGGCCUCAAGUGCACGGCUACGACAUGGCGUCGAUAGCCCCCGUGGGGGCGUCGGCCUUCGCCUCGGCCGCCGACGAGAAGGUGGUGCGCGUGUUCAGCGCCCCCCACAACUUCCUGCACAACUUCGCGAGCAUCGUCGGCGAACGGCUGACGGAUGGCCAGACGGAGGGUCCCGAAGGGGCUUCGGUGCCCUCCCUGGGCCUCUCCAACAAGGCAGUCUUCAGCGAGAAUCAGGGCGACGGUGAUGAAACGGACGGUUACUUCGUACCAGUAGUGAUGAACGAGCCGCCCACGGAGGAGACCCUGAUGCAGAACACGCUGUGGCCCGAGAGCCAGAAGCUGUACGGGCACGGCUACGAGGUGUACGCCCUGGACGCCACCGGCGAUGGGCAGCUCUUGGCCUCCGCGUGUAAAUCCACCAGUGAGGAACACGCGGCGGUGCUCAUCUGGGAGACGAGCAGCUGGCAGCAGAUACAGAGGCUGGUCGCGCACCAGCUGACCGUCACGCAGCUGGCCUUCUCGCCGGACGGCCGCCGGCUGCUGUCGGCGUCGCGCGACCGAAAGUGGGCCCUGUUCCUUAGGGCGGAGGGGUCGCUUUCGUUCGGCAUAGUCGCGCGCACGGACAGGACCAACGGCGUGCACGCGAGGAUAGUGUGGUGCUGCGCGUGGGCGCCGGACGGGGCGGCCUUCGCCACGGGCUCUAGGGACGGGAAGGUGUGCGUGUGGGCGGAAAGUGACCGGGACAGCGGCACGUCCCUCCGGAGGCACACGCUGCUGGGGAAGCCCCUGGAGCUGCCCGUCACUUCGGUGACGGCGCUCGCCUUCGCGCCCUUCCCGCUCGGAACUGCCCGCGUGCUGGCCACCGGCUUCGAGUCCGGCGUCAUCAGGAUGUACGUCUUCCGCGUCGUCGGGUGGACCUCCUUGCUGGAGUUGGGUAACAGUGCUGCCCAUCAUUUGGCUGUGAAGAGGCUGACCUUCAAUCCGGUAUUCGUCGAACGCGAUGCCACCAAGCAAGUGCUCUUGGCAAGCUGCGGUGGCGACCACUUAGUGAGGAUACACGGCAUUACGUUUACUCUA